AACCGACGAAGCUGAAUCGUAAGCCGGCAUUUUAACGUUUGAAAAUAACUUUCCCGCUCUCUGUCAGUCCAAAAAACAGAUGUCGAUUCGAGAGACCCAAAAUGGAGAUGGAGACUCUAUAUGCAAAGCUCUAUAAUAAGUACGAUGCUCUAAAGAAGAAAAGGAUUUCUGAAUUGGAUGAGCUCAACAAAGAUCAAGAAGUAAAGUUUUUGAACUAUGUGUCUGUUGCGGAACAGUUGGUACAACACUUGAAAGAUGAAAAUGACAAGUUAUGUGCGCAAGUUAGUGAAUUAAGAAGUCAGGUGACUUCAAUCAGGUCUACUAAGGACAAAGAAUGCGCACGGUACCAAAAACUAUUCAUGGAAGAGAAAGAGAAGAACAAAAUGCUUUCUGAGGAAGUUGAAAAGCUUCAAGGACAACUUUUUCUCAGUUCAAAGGAUGACAAAAAUGACCAAGUUACUUCAGGAGAAAUGAUCGGCGACUCAUUGAGAAGAACGACAAGAAAGCGCAGUCAAGAAGCUAGGACUGACUUGGAAGGUAUUGUAACUCCUAAUCAGAGUGAUCAUCAUGAUCUGUUGGUGACAACAUCGAGAAAGCGCAGCCGAAAAGCUAGGACUGAGAUGGACGCUGUUAGUACUCCCGGUCAAAGUUAUCAAGAUGAUUUGUUGGUAAGAGAAUUAGCAGAGGGCUCAUCCAGGGGAACUAUGUCUGGUGCAAAUCUGGAAAAUGUUAAGCAGCCUGAAUUUUGUAGAAGAACUGUUCAGAUAUCAGCCAACAACAGUUCUACCAACUGCCAGUUUCAAGCUCUUAUUGAAUACUUACUGGGUAUGAAAUUUUCUACUGUUAUUCAAAGUGAUGAUAGAAUAUGCAUUUCAGCUCUGCAUCAAUCAAGUGGUUACUCGUUCAUUCUAACAUGGGUAGACAAGGACAGUGCAAAAGAACCAGAGCUACUAUACCGUGCAUCGACACUAGGGACAUUUGAGAGGGUAGCACCAGAGUGGAUGAGAUCGGUUCUAAUGUUCAGCACAAGCAUGUGUCCUAUCUUCUUCGAAAGGAUAGCCCGUGUUAUCAAGAUGCAUUACUAACUUAACAACUUCUUGUUUUCCACCUCAGACAAGCAUUGUGAUUGUUUUUGUAUGUACAUUUGGAAUCUAGCAUUUAUGGCAUUUGCAAGCUCUAAAAGGUCAAUAUUUCGGUGUCAAAUUGAAACCUUUAGCAAACA